CCCCCCCAAGUUCUGAAAUCAAAAUCCUUCACUACAAAAUUUCGCUUUCCCUCACUUCAAAUGCCGCCGGCGAUGCCUCUUCUCAAGCUCCCUUGCCUAUGCUCAAGUCCACCAUCACUGGCGCCGCUUCCACCUCUCUUUCUGCUCAUAAGAAGACCAAGGGUCGUGGCUUCCGUGAAGGCGAUGCUGACCGCCACUCCCGUCUCGCCUCCCCCGACUUCUAGUCCCUCGGCACUAACGGCGGCCCUGGUCCCCAGAGAUGUUCAAGUGGAUUUUGAUGAUAAAACUAGAUGGGAGUAUCUGUUUAAGGUGUACUGGGUUCUUUUAAAAGAGAAGCUAGCUUUAACUUUAGAUGAGCUUACUAACUCUACAAAUCCAUGGAAGGAACUUAGAGAAGCUUCAGCUAAUAUUGAACCAAAGCAUCAAAACGACGUUGCAGAUUUAAUAAAUAGUUACAAAAGUUUAUACCCAAAAUGGGUUUUUGAUCUCAGUUGGAGGUCCAUGGGAUUUCUGCAAAGUCCAAGACCAAUGAACCAAAACAGCAAAAAUUACGUAUCUGGAAUCGUGAAACGAAGGAAUUUGAGUGAAUUCGAUAUGUCAAAAUUGGGUAUUGGAUUUGAUGAUGAGAAGUCUGAAAGAAAAAAUCGGAAAAGGCAUUAGUUUUGUCUCAGAUUAACGUUUGAAAAACAGAAAUAUGGAUGUGCUGCUGUUUGAUUUCAUAGAAAAUAAGGAAACUAGAAAAAGGUAUGUUUUGAAAAUAAGGAAAUAUGGAUGUGCUGCUCUUGUUACUACCAUUUUAGUCUAGAUAUAAUUCCUUUAUUUAUAUCAAAUUCAUAUUUGUCUCUUUAUUUUACUUCCAUAACACUUACGUUUUUUAGCUUUGGUAUUUGUGUUGUUAAUGAUGUUAAUAUCUAUCUAAUUCCUUUACUUGAUCCUUUUUUAGUGUGUUUUUAUUUAUCUGCAUCCUUAGCAUGUGUAACUAAUCCUUUCUUGUGUAGAACAGAUAUCUUUGUCCUCUGUGACUUCAAUUAUAGACGGCUUAAAGAGAUUGUACCUUUAGAAGUUGAAGCCUUUAGAAGUUACAUAUCAUUUUAAUGAUUUUGUAUCCCCAUUGUUGGU